CCAUGGCUCCUCCAACGCAGACUUUCAACCUGGACGUUGAAGCCAUCUCUGGCAUUUGCGGGUCCAUCUCCAUUGCCUGCUGGGUCGUCGUAUUCUCUCCGCAAAUCAUACAAAACUUCCAACGAAGCAGCGCCGAUGCUCUUUCGAUUCAAUUCAUCAUCAUCUGGCUCUUGGGAGAUGUCUUCAACAUUCUCGGGGCGGUUCUGCAGGGAGUUCUCCCUACCAUGAUCAUCCUGGCGAUAUACUACACAAUUGCCGACAUUGUGCUUCUAGGCCAGCUCUUUUACUACCGUGGAUUUACCUGGCGCGACGAGCCGACCCCUCCAUCCCCGCCCAAGACGAAUGGUAACGGCAACGCUUCUGCACCGGCAACCACCUCCGCCAAUGUGGACGAGUAUACAGCUCUGAUUGCCAGAGUAGAGACUCAUGGCCAUCACAGCCACCAUGACCGCCGUGGUCGGCGCGGAUCAGACUGGUCUGGCUUUUCGCCGGCAGUACCGCAUAUUUCCGAGCCACCGACGAUCCCGCAACCACCGCCGACAGCCUUGCAAACUACUGUUUGGAAUUCUAUUGUGAUCCUCAUGGUGUGCGCGUCUGGCGUUGCCGGAUGGUUCCUGGGCGAAAAGGCCUCUGGCGGCGAGAAGUCUCCUUCCAAUAGUAGUGAUAAUUUGGAGUUCAACACUUUGGGCCAAGUCUUUGGAUACUUUUGCGCCGCUUUAUACAUUGCUUCUCGGCUGCCGCAGCUUAUUCUCAACUGGAGGCGAAAAACAACCGAAGGCCUUAGCAUGCUCUUCUUUUUGUUUGCCUGUCUUGGAAACGCCACCUAUGUCUUGUCUAUCGUUGCAUAUGCACCACACUGCGGCGAAGAAGCCUGCACUCCAGAGGAAGCGAGGCGGCUCUAUGGUCGUUACAUUCUCGUGAAUCUGAGCUGGCUGGCUGGCAGCGCUAUGACGCUCCUGUUAGACUUGGGUGUUUUUAUCCAGUACUUUUUGUACAGGGUAGAAGAUGACACUUCAGAUGAUGAGAAUCGUGGCGAUGACAACAGUGCUGUUGAUGAGCAUUACGACCAAAGGCCGCUU